GUUGCUCAUCUGAUCCGGUCCCGCCCAAUCUCCACGCGACGCGAUGCCCAUCACACCACACGCCCCCGCGCCCGCGCCCGCGACGCCGCGACGCCGCCGCCACCACCACCGCUCCGCCCGCCGCACCACCCACCGAUGGCCGCCGCGCUCGUCACCUCCUUCCCGCACGCGAUCCCCAAGCCGCACCACCACCUCCACGCCGCACACCACGCCCACCUCACCGCUGCCGCCACGAGGCCCGAGGCCCCCAGCGCGUCGUCCCCCAACCCGGCCAACGCCAGGCUCCGCCGCCUCAUCGCCCGCGACGACCUCGCCGAGGCCGCGCGCCUCGUCGACCGCGCCACCUCCCGCGGGGAGGCCCCCGACGUGUACCUGUGCACCAAGCUCAUCCGCAACCUAUGCCGCCGGGGCCGCACCUCCGACGCCGCGCGCGUCCUCCGCGCGGCCGAGAGGUCCGGCACCGCCGUCGACGUCUUCGCCUACAACACGCUCGUCGCGGGGUACUGCCGGUACGGCCAGCUCGACGCCGCGCGCCGGCUCAUCGCGUCCAUGCCCGUCGCGCCCGACGCGUACACGUACACGCCGAUCAUCCGGGGGCUCUGCGACCGUGGGAGGGUCGGCGAGGCGCUCAGCCUGCUCGACGAUAUGCUCCACCGGGGCUGCCAGCCCAGCGUGGUGACCUACACAGUUCUCCUGGAGGCCGUAUGCAAGAGUACUGGGUUCGGGCAGGCAAUGGAGGUCCUCGAUGAGAUGCGUGCCAAGGGGUGCACGCCCAACAUUGUCACCUACAAUGUCAUCAUCAACGGAAUGUGCAGGGAGGGCCGCGUCGACGAUGCGAGGGAGUUCUUGAACAGGUUGUCCUCGUAUGGCUUCCAACCCGACACUGUCAGCUACACCACUGUGCUUAAGGGUUUGUGUGCUGCUAAGCGGUGGGAGGAUGUUGAGGAGCUCUUUGCUGAGAUGAUGGAGAAGAAUUGCAUGCCGAAUGAGGUAACAUUCGACAUGUUAGUCAGAUUCUUUUGUCGUGGAGGUAUGGUGGAGCGGGCAAUCCAAGUUCUUGAGCAAAUGUCCGGACAUGGAUGCGCAGCCAACACUACCUUGUGUAACAUUGUCAUAAACACUAUCUGUAAACAAGGACGUGUUGAUGAUGCCUUUCAGUUCUUGAACAACAUGGGUUCCUAUGGAUGCAGUCCAGAUACCAUCAGCUAUACAACUGUGCUAAAGGGCUUGUGUCGCGCUGAGCGAUGGGAGGAUGCCAAAGAGCUCUUGAAAGAGAUGGUCCGGAAGAAUUGUCCCCCAAAUGAGGUGACAUUCAAUACAUUCAUCUGCAUCUUAUGCCAAAAAGGAUUGAUCGAGCAAGCUACUAUGCUUAUCGAACAAAUGUCAGAGCAUGGAUGUGAAGUGAAUAUUGUCACAUACAACGCCCUCGUUAAUGGCUUUUGUGUGCAAGGGCGCGUUGAUAGCGCUCUUGAGUUAUUUUACAGCAUGCCUUGCAAGCCCAACACCAUUACAUACACUACCUUGCUAACAGGUUUGUGCAAUGCCGAGCGGUUGGAUGCUGCUGCAGAACUCUUAGCUGAGAUGCUCCAGAAAGAUUGCGCACCAAAUGUAGUGACUUUCAAUGUACUUGUGAGUUUCUUCUGUCAAAAAGGAUUAAUGGAUGAAGCAAUUGAACUUGUAGAACAGAUGAUGGAGCACGGUUGCACCCCUAACCUGAUUACAUACAAUACUUUACUCGAUGGGAUAACCAAGGAUUGCAACUCAGAAGAAGCUCUGGAGCUAUUGCAUGGUUUGGUCAGCAAUGGGGUAUCCCCAGAUAUAGUUACCUAUUCUUCAAUCAUUGGUGUCCUCUCAAGAGAAGAUAGAGUAGAAGAAGCAAUCAAAAUGUUCCAUAUUGUGCAAGAUUUGGGGAUGAGACCUAAAGCAGUGAUAUACAACAAGAUACUACUUGCACUCUGUAAAAGAUGUAAUACAGAUGGUGCCAUUGAUUUUUUCGCUUAUAUGGUGUCUAAUGGUUGCAUGCCCAAUGAGUUGACCUACAUUACACUCAUUGAAGGCCUUGCAAAUGAGGAUUUCUUGAAGGAGACAAGAGAUUUACUGCGCGAGUUGUGCUCAAGAGGUGUUCUAAAUAAAAACUUGCUUGAAGAGUGGCGCCCUAAGUUUUCGAAUCAAACCGUGCAUUUACCUUGAGUCAUCAUGAAUCCAAAACCUUUAGUACUGUUGAGUAUCCAUGGAACUCUAUUCCUCAUCUACAGUAAUGUGGAAUCAGUGGCACACUGGCAUGUCCUGUGUAUGCUUCAAGAUACUUUUCAUGAUGAUGGGACAGACCACAGACGAGGGCUCCUAGCCUCAUGUACAGGAAUCGUGAUUGUGAAGCUGAAAUUGAAGUGUGAAGACCAAGAAAAACAAGAGAAGAAUGUGGAGGAUAACGCAAGCAAACUUGAGUGCUUACAAAUGUUAUUUUCCAUGUUAAAUAAUACAGUCACAGAAUUUUAAUAAUACAUUUGACAAUUUGACUCUAUUGCAUUGACUUAUUUAACCAAAUUGCUUUUUUUUUUUUCUGUUCAUGAUAAUGUUGGCACUGUCUUUUACAAGCUAUGGCCUUGGUUGAUGUUUUUGUUUUCUCCUUCUAAGUCUUUGUUGAAUUUCCUUUUCUUGUACAUCAUUUCUCAAAAUCGCUUAUUAUUUUUAAGUCUUAUGUCAACACUUAACAAGAAUAUUGGGCUGUAUGAUCAUCAUGUGAUCAUGUAUUUGUCCAGGUUUUCCUUGCUUCAGACUGGCGUUUCAUACCGAUUACCUUACAUCAAACUGACAUCUCAAAUUACUGCGUUAUAAUUUCAUUUCGGUUGCAACUUCUUGCUUUGCCAGGCUGAUACAAUCAUGCCACAUGCAUCAUCGAGCAUUUGCAUGUUGGUAAGCUUUUUUAGUUUCCUUCUAAUUUCCUGGAGCCUGCAGGUUCCAGGCAUCAUUCUAGCAUCCUCAUAUGCUUUAUCAGCAAGUCCGGCAUCAGAUUCUCAUUCCUCUUUCUGUUUCUGUAGGUGACUAUUGGGCACAGAGACGCAAUAAUCCAUUUUGGGAACAAGUCAAUGGCCUGGCAAAGGGAAGCAGUUUCAGUUGUACCAAGGUUCAAGUUUUGCCCUCUAUCUCCAGUGAAAUGACCAUGUAACAGGUUGACAAGUGCACAUGCUGUUGUUCAAGUCCCAACUCUCUUACCUUGCUAAUGUCCAACAGUUUCUUAGGAGAAAGCAACAGGCACACUUUUAGAGUUUCACGGCCUGAACUAUUUGUCUUUGGAUUGGGAAAAUCAACAAGCAACGAAUCGAACAAGUUCUGGAGGAGAUAGUUCUCUGCAAAUAUAAUUCGAAGACAGUCGUGAACCAACAGCCCAUCGAAAUGCCUGAUCGGUUGAUCCAGAGCCGGAGCCGUGGAG